AGUGGGUUGAACUGCAAUCCUUUGAGUUCAGCUGUUGACUCCAACCCAAAACUAUUAUAAACUUUGCCUCCAGGACACGUGAUGACACAUUUCUUGAGAGACUAUAUAUUCUGACUGCAGCAGAGCAAAGUUUUCAGAAUACCCAGCAUUUGGCAGAGGAAGGAUCUCUUGAGCUUUGUGAAGUAAGGAAUUAUUUGCAUAGUCACGCUUAAAUUCUGGCAAAAGUGUUUUGAUAUUGAAGAUGAAUCAUACAAACAUGACCCAAACCAUGUUGACUGCUGAACCUCAGACUCCGGAGAAGAACAACAGCAGUGGCAAUGAGUACUUUUACAUACUGAUUGUCAUGUCUUUCUAUGGGAUCUUCUUAAUGGGAAUAAUGCUGGGCUACAUGAAAUCCAAGAGGAAAGAAAAGAAAUCCAAUUUGCUUCUGCUCUACAAAGAUGAAGAAAGGCGUUGGGGAGAAGCCAUGAAAUCUCGGCCAACCGUGUCAGGACUGAGGUCUGUCCAGAUCCCCAUGAUGCUAAAUGUGCUGCAAGAGAGUAUGGUACCAUCUUUGUCAUGUGCUGUCUGCUCCAUGGAGGGAAGCAGUGUGAGUUCGGAGUCUUCCUCACCUGAUAUUCACUUCACCAUUCAAGAGGAAGUGCUGGAUGCUGAGCUGGGGGAAGCGUCAGAAGCCCUUCUCAAUGAGAGCAGUGAAGGGUCUUCGGAAAACAUCCACCAAAAUUCCUAGCACUUGCAGGCCUUUGAAAAGCAGCCCCAUCAGCUAGCAAAAGAGUGAGUGGAACUAAUGUUAAGAUCUUGCAGUUUUACUUUCCUGUUCAAUGAACUCUCAACAGGUAGCUGUGCUCCAGAGCCUAAUAUGUUAUUGAAAGCUGGCAAGAUGAGGAAUCAAAUACACAAACAUCAAAGUGAAACUUAAAAACUAGUUUUUUUUAAACUAAUUAGAAAAUUGAAUGCUGUUUUUUUACUGUAAAUGCUAAGAACAUGGAGAAUAUUUUUCUCAGUAGGUAACUAUUACUGAUAUAUCCUCUGCAUAUUUCAAAAUUCUGCAAAUGUCUGGGAAAUGUUGAGAGUAGUUAUCCAAGUGUAAGUGACUAGUUUUGAAUCAUCAUUGUUAAUGUCCAUUGUCAGAGAUAUGUGAUCUACUAGAAGUAUUUUUACUGUGUUUCCUUCUGGCAAGCCACAGAUCACUGCAGUUUUACUUGAAGAUGCCUGAGACUUCACAUGACCAAUUAGAAAUGUGCAUUUAGCAAUAUAAAUUUGAAUGCAAAAGUCAGAGAUCUUUCAGUGCAAAACAUGUUAAAAGAUCUUUGCUACAAACUGUAAGAGCUAGAAAUGCUAGCUCUGCUCUGUUGCACUGAAUUGAAAUAAAUGGUCUUUCAUGGGUAUAACUGAGAGCAGAAUUUUAACUAUUAAGGGUGAAACCUUGGCCUAACUGAAGUCAAUGGCUAUACUCCCAUUUGACUUCAAGGGGACCAUUGCACCCUAAGCAUUCAGGGUGAAAUUCUCCAUUGAAGUCUAGGAAGUUGUGCCCAUUUACACCAUCAGAGAAUUUGACCCUUCCACUGAAACCAAUGUAGAUAAACAUCAGGUUGCAUUUUUUGUCUGUUCCUUUUUCUUUCACUAUUGGCUUGCAUGUGUGGCACAUGCAUUUCUGUAUUGUGAUCAGUAAUUUUUUUAAACCACUGUUGUAACACUUUUCCUCAUCGAAUGGCAGUGUGGUUUUACAAAUGCAUUAGCUACUAAAUUACUUCAUUUUUUCUAAAUAAGCAAAGGUUAAUAUUGUAUCAAAGUAUGAUUACUUCAAUCAUGCAUGAAAUUUUAUUAUAACAUUAUGCAUAGAUUAGUUCUUACGCAGAACAGCAAAGAACUGAAAUCUUAAAGCACUGCACAGGAAUAUGCUUAUAAAAUGUCCCUGCAUACUUCCUGAGUUAAAAUAGCUCUGAUUUAUCCAUUGGCAUUAGAGCUUGAGAGACAGUUUGAAAAACAUGAACACAGCAGCAGAAAUUAACUGAGGCAAAAGUCCUCUGUACUCCUGCUGUUCAGCAGUGGGAGCUCUGUUUUCACUUUGAAGGGUUAAUAUAAUGUGAGAGGCUAUACAGACAUAUCACUUCAGCCUUCUUAUACAGCAGGGGAUAUUUGUGGUUGGAAAAAGCUCUAUUGGUCACUAGGGGCCUGAUCCAAAACCUCUUGAAGUCAGUGAUUUUCUUUCCAUUGACUUCAGUGAGCUUUAGAUCAGACCAUAUAAAGCUUUUGAUAGAUUUACUCCAAAGGGGGCUGUUUAAGUUUGUAAGAAGCCAAAUUAAAUUUGGCACUUUGCCUGGAAUCACUUGAAUCCUGAAACUUUCCAACUGAGACUGACAUGUGAGUUGUCACAUUUUCCAUUGCUUUCUCCUCCAUCCUUUUAUUUUAGUAUAAAUGUAUUUGUAGCUGUAAAAAUGGUGUAUAUACUGAGUUGUAUAUAAUUGUCUUAUAUAUUUAUAGUUUAUUGUUUUUAUUGGCACUAAUUUUUAUUUAAAUAAAGAAACA